AUGAAAUCACAAGGUGAUGAAGGACAACCACUAACAAAUCUUAAUGAUGGAAAUCAUACAACAAAAACAACAAAAAAAAAGAAAGUCAAAACAGAUCAGAAACAAGUUUAUAUGGAUGAUCUUAAAAAAGAAUUAAAUAUUGAUGAUCAUCGAUUGAAUAUGGAAGAACUUCUUCAACGAUAUGAUACCGAUCCUAAAAUGGGUUUAACAGAAAGUAAAGUGAGAGAAGUUUUUAAUCGUGAUGGUCCAAAUGCGUUAACUCCAUCAAAAACCAUACCCGAAUGGAUGAAAUUUUGUAAACAAAUGUUUGGUGGUUUUGCUUUUCUUCUUUGGAUUGGUGCAGUACUCUGUUUUAUUGCACAUGGUAUAACAGUAGCUACACAUCAUGAUGAAGCACCUAAUGAUAAUUUAUGGCUUGGUUUUGCAUUAACUGUUGUUGUUGUAAUAACAGGUUGUUUUUCUUAUUAUCAAGAAGCAAAAAGUUCAAGAAUAAUGGAUUCAUUCAAAAAUCUAGUUCCACAACAAGCAAUUGUUAUUCGAAAUGGAGAAAGAAAAAGUGUUAGAUCAGAAGAAUUAGUUGUUGGCGAUAUAAUUGAUAUUAAAUUUGGUGAUAGAGUACCUGCGGAUAUAAGAAUAUUAGAAGCUAAUGGAUUUAAAGUUGAUAAUUCUUCAUUAACUGGAGAAUCUGAACCACAAAUUCGUAUAAAGGAUAUGACACAUGAAAAUCCAUUAGAAACAAAAAAUUUAGCUUUUUUAAGUACAUUUGCUGUUGAAGGUACAGCUAAAGGUAUUGUUAUUCGUACAGGUGAUCGUUCAGCUAUGGGUAGAAUAGCCAAUUUAGCAUCGGGUUUAUCAACAAGUGAAACUCCAAUAUCAAAAGAAAUAGCUCAUUUUACUCAUAUAAUAACUGGUGUUGCUAUAUUUCUUGGUAUUUCAUUUUUUAUAAUUGGAAUUAUUCUUGGAUAUUCAAUAAUUGAUGCUGUUAUCUUUCUUAUUGGAAUUAUUGUUGCUAAUGUACCUGAAGGACUUUUAGCUACUGUUACUGCAUGUCUUGCAUUAACAGCUAAACGAAUGGCAAAAAAAAAUUGUUUAAUUAAAAAUUUAGAAGCUGUCGAAACACUUGGAUCAACAUCAACUAUUUGUUCGGAUAAAACAGGAACAUUAACACAAAAUCGAAUGACUGUUGCACAUAUGUGGUUUGACACAAGAAUUGUUGAAGCUGAUACAAGUGAACAUCAACAAAAUGCAACAUAUGAUAGAAAUUCUACUAGUUGGUUAGCCUUAUCUCGUUGUGCAAUGUUAUGUAAUAGAGCUGAUUUUAAACAAGAUCCAGAAAAUUUAUCAAAACCAGUUUUACAACGUGAAUGUACUGGAGAUGCAUCCGAAUCAGCUUUACUUAAAUGUGUUGAAUUAUCAAUAGGUAAUGUAAUUAAUUAUCGUGAAUCAAAUCGUAAAGUAUUAGAAAUUCCAUUUAAUCCAACAAAUAAAUAUCAAUUAUCAAUACAUGAAAUGCGUAGUAGAAAUGAUCCAAAUAAUCUUCGUCUUUAUUAUUUAUUAGUUAUGAAAGGUGCACCAGAAACAAUUCUUGAAAAAUGUUCAACUAUUUUUAUUGAUGGACAAGAUAUUCGAAUGAAUAAUUUUUGGCGAAAUGAAUUUCAAAUAGCAAAUACAGAAUUAGGAAGUUUAGGUGAACGUGUUAUAGGUUUUUGUGAUUUACGUUUACCAACAAAUAAAUAUCCAAAAGGUUAUCAAUUUGAUGCGGAAAAAAUGAAUUUUCCACUUGAAAAUCUUCGUUUUCUUGGUCUUAUGUCAAUGAUUGAUCCACCAAGAGCAGCUGUUCCAGAAGCUGUUUCAAAAUGUCGUUCAGCUGGAAUAAAAGUAAUUAUGAUAACAGGUGAUCAUCCAAUAACAGCAAAAGCUAUUGCACGAGCUGUUGGAAUAAUAUCUGAAGAAUCCGAAACAGUUGAAGAUAUAUCUCAAAGAUUAAAUGUACCUAUUGAACAUGUUAAUUCACGUGAUGCGAAAGCUUGUGUUGUUCAUGGAGAUGAUUUAAAACAUAUGACAUCAUCACAAUUAGAUCAUCUUUUAAAAAAUCAUUCGGAAAUUGUUUUUGCAAGAACAUCACCACAACAAAAACUUAUUAUUGUUGAAGGAUGUCAAAGACAAGGUGCGAUUGUUGCAGUCACUGGAGAUGGUGUUAAUGAUUCACCGGCAUUGAAAAAAGCAGAUAUUGGAGUAGCUAUGGGUAUUGCUGGUUCUGAUGUGAGCAAACAAGCAGCUGAUAUGAUAUUAUUAGAUGAUAAUUUUGCUUCAAUAGUAACUGGUGUUGAAGAAGGUCGUUUAAUAUUUGAUAAUUUAAAAAAAUCAAUUGCAUAUACAUUAACAUCAAAUAUUCCUGAAAUAACUCCAUUUUUAAUUUAUUUAACAACUGAUACUCCAUUAGCAUUAGGAACAAUAACAAUAUUAUGUAUUGAUUUGGGUACAGAUAUGAUUCCAGCUAUAUCAUUAGCUUAUGAAAAGGGUGAAACUGAUAUUAUGAAAAGACGACCAAGAGAUCCAAAACAUGAUCGACUUGUUAAUCAACGUCUUAUAUCAAUGGCUUAUGGACAAAUAGGAUUGAUUCAAGCAGGUGCUGGAUUUUUUUCCUAUCUUGUUAUAAUGGCAGAAAAUGGAUUUUUACCAUCACGUCUUUUGGGUCUUAGAAAAUCAUGGGAAUCACCUGAAAUAAAUGAUUUAGAAGAUUCAUAUGGACAAGAAUGGACAUUUGAACAACGAAAACAACUUGAAUAUACAUGUCAUACAGCUUUUUUUGUUACUAUUGUUAUUUGUCAAUGGGCUGUAUUAAUUGUUUGUAAAACACGAAGAAAUUCAAUUUUUCAACAAGGAAUGAAUAAUUGGAUGUUAAAUUUUGGUUUAGUGUUUGAAACUGUUUUAGCUGCAAUUAUAUCUUAUACUCCAUACUUAGAUACAGCUCUUAAUACAUAUCCACUUAAAUUUCUUUGGUGGCUUGUACCAAUACCGUAUUUUUUCUUAAUUUUGAUUUAUGAUGAAGUUCGAAAAUAUAUGAUUCGAAAAAAUCCAGGUGGUUGGAUUGAAAGAGAAACUUAUUAUUAA